AUGGAGAAUUUCGUCGUUGGCCUGAUUGGCAUGGGCGAUAUGGGCAAGAUGUACGCCGAAAGGCUGUCUGCCGCUGGCUGGAGUAUUAAAAAUAUAGAGAUUUGCCGAAAUGGUCACCUUGUAUCCCGCGCCAGCGACUACAUCAUUUAUAGCGUCGAGGCGGCUGUCAUUGAUCGUGUGAUUGCCCAGUACGGACCAUCAACCAAGCUCGGAGCCAUUGUCGGCGGCCAGACAUCGUGCAAGUCGCCUGAGAUUGCCGCUUUCGAAGCCCAUCUCCCUACGGACGUGUCCAUCAUCUCGUGCCACUCGCUCCACGGCCCCAACGUCGACCCCUACAACCAACCCCUGGUUCUCAUCCAGCACCGAGCCCCGAACGAGGCCCUCGCCAAGGUCGAGGCGGUGCUAAGCUGUCUCCGAUCAAAGUUUGUCUACCUCUCCGCUCGCGAGCAUGAUCGCAUCACGGCCGACACACAGGCUGUUACGCACGCCGCGUUCUUGUCCAUGGGCAAGGCGUGGCAUGCAAACAGACAGUUUCCCUGGGAGUUGAGCCGUUAUGUUGGCGGCAUCGAGAACGUCAAGGUCAACAUUAUGCUGCGGAUCUAUAGCCAAAAGUGGCACGUCUACGCUGGUCUGGCUAUCCUUAACCCCGAGGCGCGGGAGCAGAUUGCUCAGUACGCGAGAAGUGUCACGGACCUGUACAAGCUCAUGCUCGAGGGCAACUUUGAGGGUCUUAGAGAUCGUGUCUACCAGGCCCGAGACAAGGUGUUUGGCCCUUCAACGACAUGGGGCACUCGUCCACUGCUAGAGCCGUCAAUUCUGUCAUCUUUCUCGCUUGGUACACCAACCGACGAGCCCCGACCCAACAACCACCUGUCCCUCCUGGCAAUGGUGGACUGCUGGGCAGCACUCAACAUCGUGCCCUACGAUCACAUGCUGUGCAGCACACCCCUAUUCCGUCUACGUCUAGGUGUCACCGAGUACCUAUUCCGCAACGGCGACGUGCUUGACGCAGCGAUCCGCACCGCCAUCGAGGACAAGACGUACCGCAGCGACGACCUCGAGUUCACAUUUGCAGCCCGCGCGUGGGCCGAGUGUGUCAGCCUCGGCCACUUUGAAACGUGGGAGAAGCGCUUCGUGAGCACCCAAGAGUUCUUUGAGCCUCGAUUCGAGGAGGCCAAGGUAGUGGGCAACCAGAUGAUGAAGAAGGUGCUCGAGAGCUUGAGGGAGGAGAACUAGACAGGAAGAGGGAUAAACUAUCGAAUAAUGAUAACAAUUGACUCC